CCUAGAGUCUUGACCUUUCAAGACACAGCAUCUUUCCUUUGAUUCUUUCAUUUCAGGAUACAUCUAUUCAGGGAUAUACAAAUUUGCCCAUAUACAGAUGGGUUAAAUUUAGGGUUUAAUGUCUGUUUGUGUGUGAGAGAGAGAAAGAGAAAGAGAAAGAGAGGGAGAGAGAGAGAGGGAGAGAGAGAGAGAAUCCAUUAAUUGAUCCAGCAAAGAGAGCUUAUCUUAUCAUCUUCAUCUUCAUCAUCAAUUCUCCAUACCUGAGUCUCAUUUACACCUCAAAGAGGUUGCAUGAGUAUUUAUGUGUAAAAAAGAGAUGUGGAGGAAGUAAACAAGAAGAAUCAGUUCAUUGAUCCAUCAGCAAUCAGCUUAUAUAUCAUUGAAAUCAACUCCAACAACAAGAACCCUUGUACCCAUUUCAAUAUAUUCACAGGUAGUGUGUAUUUUUGUGUGUAUGUGUGUGUUUUUUUCUUCUUUUUAGUUGUCUGCAAUCAAACCUGGGUUUUCUUUAGUUUUUUUUUAUUUGGGUUUGUGCAAAAUGAGAAGUUUAUGAAGAGGGUUAAGAGCAGUCAGGUAAUUGAUCAAUGUGUUUUUGUGUGGAAGUAUGUGAAGAUGGAGAUAGAGUGUGUUUUAUGGUGUUUGUCUGUUUAUCUUUGUACAAAUCAAAUUGGGUCUGCAAAUUUUAUUCGUUUCUUGAUGCGGGUUUCUCCAAUCGUGUAACAGAAAGGGGGUGAAAGAUAAAGAUAUCAAUUCGAUUUGAUCAGCGUGUGUUUUUGUGAAAAAAAAAAACUUGUAUUUUUGUUAGCUUGUUGAUCUGGGAUUCCCCCAAAAUGAAAGCUUCGGGUUCAAAGAACCAAUUUCUUGAUUCAUAAAUCACAGUGUGUGUAUUUGUGUGAAAGUGUGUGAAAAUGGAUAACAACAACCAGACUCCAGUACCACCAACUGAGGAGCUGUUAAAGAAGAUCCAUGAUCUUGAAGAAAGCCAUGCUCAUCUCAAACAAGAAAUGUCUAAGCUCAAGCUCUCAGAUGAGCAGCAAAAAUAUGACCGUCAAAGGUCUAGUUCAGUAUCCCCUCGCCGCCCUCGCCGGAGAACCAUGGGUGGGGCUGGUGGGGUGUUUGAGGGCGGCGCUGUAGCUGCUUUCAAGAUCGGUUCAUCAUCUUUCCGUCAUUCUUCACCAUUGAGGAGAGAAACUCGGAGCGUUGAUGUUAGUUAUAGCAAUGAUAACAACCAUAACAGCUCUGUCACAAGUGGCGGUGCCGCCACCACUGGGGAGGGCGGUGGAGCUUCUGGGCCUUCAGCUAUGAAGCUAACAGAAACACAGUACUUGAAUAUAUUGCAGUCAAUGGGUCAGGCUGUGCAUAUAUUCGAUCUCAAUGCUCGCAUAAUCUACUGGAACCGAAUGGCCGAAAAUCUUUAUGGUUAUACGGCUGCCGAAGCUCUAGGGAAAAGGCCAAAUGAGCUUCUAGUAGACGCUACCGAUUUUCCCUUGGCCGAGGCUAUCUUACAACGAACAGCGAAGGGGGAGAACUGGUCUGGGCGGUUUCCGAUUAGGAACAAGUUAGGGGAAAGAUUUCUUAUUAUUGCCACUAAUACGCCAUUUCGUGAUGAAAAUGGAACGUUAAUUGGGGUUGUAUGUGUGUCGAGUGAUGCACGCCCAUAUCAAGAAAUGAAGCCUCUCGCAACCAUAAGUGCACCAAGGAGGAUUGCUUCAGCUAAACUUGGGCUUGAUCCUCAACAACCUCUACAAACUGCAAUUGCUUCAAAGAUUUCAAAUUUGGCUACAAAAGUUAGCAACAAGGUGAAGUCAAAAAUGAAAACUGGAGAGAACUUCACAGAUCAAGAUGGUGGGAUUGGAGAUGGUAAUUAUCCUGAACAUGAUAUUGCUGCAUCCGAUCAUAAAGAGGAUGGAUAUUCAAGUGGAGCCAGCACCCCAAGGGGCGAUAUCCCUCAGUCUCCAUUUGCAGCAUUUUCAUCUACAGGCCAUAAAGAUCAAAUUACCGGAAAACCCUCAACAGAUUCUGGUGACGAGAGUGAAAUCAAGCCUGGAAUCCACAAGAUUUUAUCUUCAAAAGCCGAGGCAUGGAUGGGCAAAAAGGGAAUUACAUGGCCGUGGAAAGGAAACGAAAGAGAAGGAGGUUCAUCCGAUCCAAAAGGCGGUCGUUUUGGUUUGCAUUGGUUACAUAAUGAUCAAGAACACGAGUCUGGUCUACAAACAACUUCCGCAAAAGUAGAAAGUCAACCGUGGGAGAACACCAAUCGUAAUGAGGCUUCAGGAUCAUGGUCUUCUUCGUUUAAUGUUAACAGCACAAGCAGCGCUAGCAGUUGCGGGAGCACAAACAGUAGCGCCAUUAAUAAAGUGGACAUGGACACAGAUAGUUUGGAUUAUGAAAUCUUGUGGGAAGAUCUAAUAAUUGGAGAACAAAUUGGCCAAGGUUCAUGUGGGACGGUUUAUCAUGCAAUGUGGUAUGGAUCGGAUGUCGCUGUGAAGGUUUUCUCUAGGCAAGAAUAUUCAGAGGAUGUGAUAUUAUCGUUUCGACAGGAGGUAUCCCUCAUGAAAAGGCUUCGGCAUCCAAACAUUCUACUCUUCAUGGGUGCUGUAACCUCACCUCAACGUCUAUGCAUUGUCACAGAAUUCCUUCCCCGUGGAAGUUUGUUCCGGUUACUUCAACGAAAUACAACUAGGUUAGAUUGGAGACGUCGUGUUCAUAUGGCCAUGGAUAUAGCGCGUGGCAUGAAUUAUCUUCAUCAUUGUCAUCCACCUAUUAUUCAUCGGGAUUUGAAGUCCUCAAAUCUUCUUGUCGAUAAGAACUGGAAUGUUAAGGUUGGCGACUUUGGUCUCUCGCGUAUCAAGCAUGAAACGUACCUUACAACAAAGACGGGGAAGGGAACGCCUCAAUGGAUGGCUCCCGAAGUUCUUCGGAAUGAACAGGCAGAUGAAAAGUCCGACAUAUACAGCUUUGGUGUGGUAUUAUGGGAAAUUACUACCGAGAAGAUCCCUUGGGAUAGUCUCAACUCAAUGCAGGUAAUCGGAGCUGUAGGUUUCAUGAAUCAGCGGCUAGAUAUUCCAAAAGACGUGGACCCCCAAUGGGCUGAACUUAUUGAAAGCUGUUGCUGCAGUGAACCGCAAUCCCGACCAACGUUCCAAGAAAUACUAGAUAAGCUUAAAGAUUUGCAGAAGAAAUUCACGGUUCAACUUCAGGCAUCACGAACUGCUGCCUCCACCACGGGUGGCGGAGAAAACAACAGCCCAAAGGAAUCGUAGAAGAAAAACAGAAAGCAGAAUUGAAAUCACUUUGACCCUUUUUUAUCCUGCAAAGUAUUUCACCUGUGUCUGUGUCUGUGUCUGUGUCUGUGUCUGGUUGGUUUUUGCAUGUGGCAUUGCUUUGCUUCUUGUUAAAAAGUUUAUAAGGAUUGUGGCAAAAGAAGAAAAGAAAAAAACAUUCUGAUGAAUCUCAUUGUUUUGUGAUCCAUAAGGAACACUUUGCGAUUGUUUUGUAUAGAGUUAUAUGUUUUUAGGAUUGUAAAACCAAGUUUAUGUACAUUUCUUUACUUACCCUUCUUCC